AGACAAAACAAUAACAAACGACAGAAAUUCCUCUUAAAAAAAAACAUCCUUUGUGUUUUGUGUUUCGAUUCUAACAACAAAAAAACAACAACAUCGUACUAAAAACAUUACUACAUUGGUAUAAAACAUGGUGAAGUCGAAUGUGGAAAAACCUACGACAGAACGAAGUGAUUCAUCAUUGUACCGUGGAGUACGGAAGAGGAAGUGGGGGAAAUAUGUGUCGGAGAUUAGAUUACCAAACAGCCGUCAGAGAAUAUGGUUAGGUUCUUAUGAUUCUGCCGAGAAGGCGGCGCGUGCUUUCGACGCGGCGAUGUUUUGCUUACGUGGCAGUGGUGCUAAGUUUAACUUCCCUAAUGAUCCACCAAACAUUGCUGGAGGAAGAACAAUGACUCCUUCUGAGAUUCAAGCUGCUGCAGCCCGUUUUGCUAAUUCGGGUGUCCAUAUUGAGAAUUCGGGUCAACCCGGUAAUGUUGCGGUGGAGUAUGAGUCGUCGUCGGAGGGGACUGCAUUGUUGGCUAUGGAAUCUGAAGCACUGUCUCCGGCAAUGUCAGAUGCAACGGUUCAGACAGAUUAUGAUUCAAAGCAAAACGGGUUGUUUUCCGAUUUGUUUGCGGUUGAUGGGUCGGGGAGAUUUGAACCGGAUUACUCGGUUUUUCCCGGUUUUGAUGAUUUUGGUGGUAAUUUUUAUGUGCCGGACAUGCCAAUUUAUGAUUAUGGAGAAGAGAACUUGGAUGGGUUGGUGAUUCAUGACUCCUUUUUGUGGAACUUCUAAAGAUUGAAGGAUGGUAUAGAAAUGGGUCGGGUUAUGAGUAGUUUUACUAUAUCCGAGACUUAUGUCGGAUCAACAUUAGGUUUUGGGUUGGUCAAUUUUUUUGUAGGACCAAGCCCUAUGCUAAUUUAGUAGGGGUAAUAAUUUUUUACUGAGUGGUUGAUUAAUGUGGAUAUGAUUCAUGAAUCACUUGUAAAGUUCUGAGCUUAUAUAAUUGAUGGAUAAUUUUUUACUGA